GGCCCUCCCACCGCCACCACUCGCAGGCUACCAGCAGUCGUGAACACACGGCCUCGCUUGUUCCCAGCAAUCGUUAUCGUUACUAGCUCAUUUGUGUCCGCGCAUUCGUCGCAAGCACUCGCACCAUGACCGUCACCAGCAAAAUGAACAGUGUCUCCCGCCAGUCGGUGCUGAGCCGCCUCGGCCCUGGCGGGCUACUUUACGCAGCCAAUAAAAUUUUAGCGGUCGCUGUGCCUGGCAAAGAGGAUGACCGCUGGCGCAAGGAUGAGGGCGCGCUGCUCUUCAAGCGCUGGCGCCGCUCCGGCGCCCAGGCCGAGCCGGCGCCCGCCCCUGCCACCACUGCGCCCAAUGCACAGCCCUCAGACCUCCUCAAGUUCCUAGCUAUUAAUGCAUUGGAGUUAUCAGCUCCCGCUUCGGAUGCGCUGUUGAAGUCCCGCUCCUCGGAGUGGUUUCAACUGUCGGGCCACCCCGGCUCCCUGGCGCCCGCCGGCCCGGGCACGGUGUGGAAGCGCCGCGCCGCCGGCGACCACCCCGCGCACAGCCCCGAGCGCGACACCUACGAGGCCCUCGCCGCCUGCCCCCACAUGCGCUCGGCCAUCCCCAAAUACUACCGUGAACUCGAGUACGGUGGAGAACGCUUCAUCGAACUACAAGACUUGCUCCACGGCUUCCGUGACCCCCACGUCAUGGACAUCAAGAUGGGAACCCGCACCUUCCUCGAGGACGAAGUCAGCAACGCUCGCGCCCGCACCGACCUCUACGAGAAAAUGGUGCGCCUAGACCCCAACGCCCCCACCGAGGCCGAGCACGCCGCCCGCGCUGUCACCAAACUGAGAUACAUGCAGUUCCGCGAACAGCGCUCCUCGUCCGCCGAGCAGGGCUUCCGCAUCGAAGCCGUCAAGCUGCCAGGGGAGCCGCCGCUGACGGACUUGCAGAACGUCCGGGAGCCGCAGCAGCUCGCGGCGACCGUGGCCCGCUUCCUAGGAAAAGAUGAGCGCGCCCGUCGCGCCAUCACCACCCGUCUGCGCGAAAUACGAGACCUUUUCGAGCGCUCGGAUUUCUUCAAGACCCAUGAAAUCGUCGGGAGCAGUAUCUUUAUCAUUUACGACGACGAACGCGUCGGAGCUUGGCUGAUUGAUUUCGCUAAGACGCGACGCGUGCCUGAAGGCACGCAGGUGAACCACCGUUCGACCUGGCAGCAGGGCAAUCACGAGGAAGGUUUCCUGUACGGUUUAGACAGACUGAUUCAGACGUUGGAAACUGCUAGGCUGCCUUCUGAAGGCAGUGAAGCAGCCGAGCCCGACGUGUCGCGUUGAACAGCCAGCGGGAUGACAAUGGACCCGCCCCCGGCGCCGCCGCCGCCGCCGCGCACUCGCGCGCCCCAUGCGCCCGUCUCGACGCACGGAGUUGUUCACAAAAUUUGUAUUUGUGAUUAUUUUGUGAAUAUGAAAGA